AUGCCUGCCCCCUCUUCUCAAGACAAGCCAGCCGUCGUCUGCGUAUUCUGCGGCUCGAGCCCCGGCAAUAGUCCCACACACAUGGCAGCCGCGCGCGCACUGGCCCAAGAGUUCCACAAGCACAACGUGCGACUAGUCUACGGCGGCGGAACGACCGGGCUGAUGGGCGAGGUAGCCCGGACGCUGGUCUCGCUCUCGGGCCCGAAAGCAGUGCACGGCGUGAUCCCGCGGGCGCUGGUGAAGGUAGCCAACAAGAAGAACGGGGCCAGGACCGGGGAUGUUCAUGGCCCCCCACAACCGGAGGCUUCGGGCGAGGGCAAAGCGGCUGAGCGCGUGGUGUCGGAUGACACGUUGGACAAUGGCAUUCCGGAGUCCGAGUACGGCGUGACCACCAUUGUGCCGGACAUGCACACGCGCAAGCGCACGAUGGCCACCAUGGUGCUGGAGGGCGGGCCCGGGUCUGGGUUUGUCUCGCUGGCGGGCGGGUUUGGGACCAUCGAGGAGGUGAUGGAGAUGACGACGUGGAACCAGCUGGGCAUCCAUAAGGUGGGCGUGGUGUUAUUGAAUAUCAACGGGUACUGGGAUGGCCUGCUAGCCUGGGUGCGCAAUGCCGUUGCGCAGGGGUUUAUCAGUGCGGACAAUGGCGAGAUCCUGGCUGAGGCGCGCUGUGCGGAGGAGGUGUGGCCGAAGCUGUUGGAGUAUCGGGUGAGUAGUGGGCGGAUGCAGCUGAACUGGGGGCAGGAGUAG